AAGUGGAUAGCAAAAAUGAAUAACAAAGCAAGUUCCUUUUUAUGGAACCUCAGACGAUUCAGUACUUCAGUUCCAACAAGCAGAACUGUGAGGCUAUAUUCUGUGGGGUUUUGCAGACCCAAAAUUGUUUAUUCAAACUGGAACCUAAGAAACCUUCCCUUAAAUGAUUUUGAUAACAGAAUGCAUUCAUCUAUUAGACAUCUCUUUCAGGAUGCAUUCGUUUUUAAAUCAGGAGAUGAUGCCUUUCAAACAAAGGGCAUGAGCACUGUAGCAGUUCUUAGAGUUGACAGAUUACUUUGCCUUAGACAAUUGUCCUUUGACACAAAACAUUCUCUUGUCUCUGUUGCUACAUCUGAUAGUGGAUUGGAGAAAGUAAAAUUUGAUCAUGAGGUCUCCAAUGAAGAUGUUCUCACCAAGAAAACAAAACCACUCCCUAUCAGCUAUAGAAAACUGUCUCAGGAGUGUAAUUCCCUGAGUGAUGUGUUAGAUACAUUUUCAAAAGCUCCUACCUUUCCUAGUAGUAACUAUUUCUCAGCAAUGUGGAUCAUUGCCAAAAGGAUGUCUGAUGACCAGAAGCACUUUGAAAAACAACUGAUGUUUAACCACCCUGCGUUUAACCAGCUGUGUGAACAUAUGAUGAGAGAAGCCAAGAUUAUGCACUGUGACCACCUGUUGUUCAGUCUUCACGCUAUCGUGAAGCUUGGAAUCCCUCAGAACACUCUUCUGGUACAGAGUUUGCUGAGGGUGAUCCAGGAACGUAUCAAUGAGUGUGAUGAGAGAUGUCUUUCAGUUUUGUCAACUGUUUUAGAGGCAAUGGAGCCAUGCAAGAAUGUACAUGUUCUUCGAGAAGGAUUGCGGAUACUAGUUGAUCAGCAAGUUUGGAAAAUAGAACGUGUCUUUACGUUACAAACUAUGAUGAAAAGUAUUGGAAAAGAUGCACCAAUUGCUUUUAAAAGGAAACUGGAGAUGAAAGCCUUGAGGGAAUUAGACAGAUUUUCUGUUUUGAAUAGCCAGCGAAUGUUUGAGGUUCUAGCUGCCAUGAAUCACCGUUCUGUUAUACUCCUCAAUGAAUGCAGUAAGAUGGUCAUAGCUAAUAUCCAUGGGUGUCCUUUUAAGAUAAUGGUCAACAUAUUGCAGUCCUGCAAAGACCUACGAUACCAUAAUUUAGAUCUCUUCAAGGGAAUAGCAGAUUAUGUGGCUACAACUUUUGACAUCUGGACGUUGAAACAAGUCCUUUUUCUUCUCAUUUUAUUUGAGAACCUUGGCUUUCGACCUAUUGGUUUGCUGGACUUGUUUAUGAAGAGUGUAAUAGAGAAACCUGAAUCCCUAAACAUGAAAAACAUUGUCUCUAUUCUUCAUGUUUAUUCUUCUCUUAAUCAUGUCUACAAAUGCCAGAACAAAGAGUUCCUAGAAGUUAUGGCUAGUGCACUGACUGGUUGUCUUCACCACAUCUCUUCUGCAAACCUAUUGAAUGCUGUGCUUUCGUUUUGCUUGAUGAAUUAUUUCCCCUUGGCCCCUGUUAAUCAGCUUCUCCAAAAGGACAUCAUCAGUGAGCUGCUGACAUCAGGUGACAUGGAGAGGAAUGCUCACAAGCUUUGUAUUUUGAAUACUUGUCUAAAACUUGAUGAUACUCCUUAUCACAAAGCCAUAGACAUACCACUGCCACAGUUGCCACCAGCACCGUCAUAUCCAAAUGCAAAGGUUGCAGAGGCACUCAGUAGCCUUUUGGGAGGUGAAGGUUACUUCUCGAAAAAUGUGCAGUUGCCACAUAAUUAUCAUAUUGAUUUUGAAGUCAGAAUGGAUACUAACAGGAGUCAAGUGCUUCCAUUUUCUGACAUGGAUGUAACUUCUGCUACAGAUAUUCAAAGAGUAGCUGUGCUGUGUGUUUCUAGAUCUACUUACUGUUUGGACUCAAGCCACCCCAGAGGAUUUCUUGCUAUGAAAGUGCGGCAUUUGAAUGUAAUGGGUUUUCAUGUGAUUUUGGUCAAUAACUGGGAGAUGGAAAAACUAGAGAUGGAAAAUGCAGUCGCAUUUUUGAAGACUAAAAUCUAUUCAGUUGAAGCCCUUCCUACUGCUAAUGUAAAUUUACAAAGCACAUAUUAAAGUAAAAAGCAACCUUUUCAUAUGAGGAGACAUGCAUUUGUAAAAAUAACUUUAAUAAAGACUAUAAUUCAUUUGUUAGUGGAA